GCCUGGAAGAGGAGGGUCUUGACUUGCUGGAUUGCCUGCUGGAAUUCGACCCGGCACGACGAAUUUCUGCCAAGCAGGCUUGCAUGCACCCUUACUUCCAGCACGGCAGCUCAUACUACUCCGGUCGCACCGGCCGAAGAAAUGGCUUUCAUUAAUUGAACGGCGGAGUGACGGACUGUGGAUUGAUACCUUACGUGUAAUGUAUGUAUGUGGGUGGCUGAUGGCAGACCGCAGUCUCAUGGAGAUGGCCGCCCGAUAGAUUCUACCUUUCUCUUUUUUCUUUUCUCUCCCCAGAGGCGGUCAGCAGUCCCUCCGAUGUCCUUUGAUGCUUUUGAUGUCUCGAACGUUACCUUUACCUUCCUCUUUCAUCCGAUUUUGUUUCCUUUGUUUAUGGCGUUGCUCAUGGUGUGUUAUGACCUGAAGAGACUAGGUUACUGGAUAUGCAAGGAGUGUCUCUUUUCUUUUUUCGUUUCCUUUCUAUCCCGUACAUACCCAUCUGAAUGAGCCUUUUGAUGCACUCCGAACGGACAAGGAGCAGGAGAAGCGGACAGGCCAAGCAGUAGAAUCCCGGCAGUCCACGUGCUGGU